UCAAUCACAGUACCGUUCAACACUGCGACUCUGUCCCUCUUCUUCUCUUUCUCUCGUUACUUCCUUCUCCUGCUGCAACUGCGAAAGAGAAAAGAGAAUAUGGGUUUCUUCUCCUUUAUGGGUCGUGUCCUCUUUGCUUCCCUCUUCAUCCUCUCCGCAUGGCAGAUGUUUAAUGAAUUUGAUGCCACUGGAGGACCCAUUGCAAAGGAGUUGAUUCCCAAGCUCACUGUUGUGAGGAAGAAUUUAUCCUCCAAAUUGGGGAUAGGGAUACCAGAUAUUAAUGUUCGGCAAGUCAUUGCCUCUAUCAUAUUUCUAAAGGGGGUUGGAGGGAUUCUAUUUGUGUUUGGCAGCACACUUGGAUCUUUUCUUCUGCUUUUGCAUCUGGCGCUUACUACUCCAAUUCUGUAUGAUUUCUAUAACUACAGGCCUAAUAAGCCUGAAUAUAGUUUACUGCUGAAUGAUUUCAUUCAGAGCACAGCACUUUUUGGUGCAUUGCUAUUUUUUAUGGGUAUGAAGAACUCAAUUCCCAGGAAACAAUCCAGGAAGAAGACCCCAAAAACAAAGACAGUUUAGAAAUUAGAUAAAUUAUGUAUCUGUUUCCAAUGAACAGGUUGUCAAAUUGUUGAGUUUUGGAAUUUUUACUUAAACCUUUUGUUAUUAUUUUUUUUGUAAGUUCUCACAUAAUCGGAAUAUGGAUAUGCUUGAGCUUUCUUAUACAAUUCUGUUGUACUUGCGCUAAGCAUAGCUAUUAACAAAAGCUUUGGUUAGAUUUGCUUGUCAAUCAAGGUCCGAUGGAUGAGAUAUUCUGGUACCA